AAUAACUCACAAAAACUACGAUCACGACCUCAAGGAAGUAGAGAAGAGAAAGCAAGUAAGGAAAGGAAGAACUCACAAAAGCCACAAUCACAAUUUCAAGAAAGUAGAGGAGAGAAAGCAAGCAAGAAAAAG